AUGGAGACGGAGGCCCCCAGCCGCGACGUCUGCAUCGUCGGCGUCGCGCGCAGGCCGUGCGGGUCCUUGCAGGGCAAACGCUCGGCUCUCAAGGCCUCCGACCUGGCCGGCGUCGCCAUCAAAGAGGCGCUGAGCCGCGUCGGAGUGCAGCCCACCGACGUGGAGGAGCUCAUUCUGGGCCACGUCAUCUCCGCCGGAGCGGGCCAGGCCCCUACCAAGCAGGCGGCAGUGAGCGCGGGCCUCCCGCAGUCCGUCGUCUGCUCCUCCGUCAACAAAGUCUGCGCCUCAGGCAUGAAAGCGGUGAUGCUGGGGGCCCAGUCCAUUAUGCUGGGACAGAGGGAUGUGGUCGUGGUGGGCGGCAUGGAAAGAAAGCUCGCGGUGGGACGAGAUACGGGGACUUGUGACGGACUGUUCAAUGCCUUUGAGAACAUUCCGAUGGGGGACAUCGCAGAGGAGUGCGCUCGCAAGCACGACAUCUCAAGAGAGGCGCAGGACGCAUAUGCGGCUGAGAGCUACCCUUGA